UUCUCUUCUUCCCUGAACUUCUUCUCGAGCAAUGGCAAUUGCAAUGGCCUUUUCUGGUGUUGAACUGCCGCCCCUUCUCUCUUUCUUCGCGAUUGCAUCGGUUAUCUUUGUGUACCUGGUAAUCUGCUGCCUUAUUCUUGAAUACAUUGGGGAAAACGGAGAGCCCCACGAGGAGCCUUUGCCAGCAGAUGCAAGGUUUUCAGGGUUAUCAUAUGAAGACCUGCAAGAGAUGGGCUGUUUUUAUCAUCGAGGUGAAGAAAAACCAACCUGCGCUAUCUGUCUGGAUUGUCUCCGGGAAGCAGAACUGUGCAGAAGUUUUCCGGGUUGUAACCAUGUGUUUCAUGCUCAAUGUAUAGAUCCUUGGCUGGCAAGAAGGCACACUUGUCCUACUUGUCGAGCAUCUUUUAGACCAAAGCUUCUGUAUUGAAUCAACAAACUCUGCAAUUCUUGUAUCUGCAUAAUCCAAAUCUAAGCAAUUUGUAUCA